AUGAAGACUGCUUUAAUGGUUGCAGAAAAACCAUCUCUUGCUGCAUCUUUAGCAAAUAUUUUAAGCAAUGGUCGUUGUUCAUCUAGAAAAGGAAUGAAUGGAUCGUGCUCUGUUCAUGAAUGGGUUGGUCAGUUUAGAUCAGAAACAGUUAAUUUUAAGAUGACAUCAGUUUGUGGUCAUGUAAUGACUCUAGAUUUUAUAGGAAAAUACAAUAAUUGGGAUAAAGUUGAUCCAGCAGAAUUAUUUUCUUGCCCAACUGAAAAGAAAGAGGCUGUACCAAAAUUAAAAAUGCCUGCAUUUCUUGCUAAAGAAGGAUCUCAUUGUGAUUAUUUAAUCUUAUGGUUAGAUUGUGAUAAAGAAGGUGAAAAUAUUUGCUAUGAAGUUAUUCAAGCUGUCCAAUCAGGAAUGUCACGACGUCUUAGUUUCAAUGACAUAUGGAGAGCACAUUUUUCAGCUAUUACUGAACGAGAUAUUAAAGCUGCUUUAAAUAAUCUUGGCAAGCCAAAUGAAAAUGAAGCUAAAAGUGUUGAUGCACGACAAGAACUAGAUUUACGUAUUGGUUGCGCUUUCACUCGAUUUCAAACCAAAUUUUUUCAGGGAAAAUAUGGUGAUUUAGACGCUUCAUUGAUAUCUUAUGGUCCGUGCCAAACUCCAACAUUGGGAUUUUGUGUUCAACGUCAUGAUGAAAUUCAAACAUUCAAACCUGAUCCAUAUUGGGUGUUACAAGUAAUAAUUAAAGUCCACAAUAAUCAAGAAUUAACUCUCAAUUGGUCACGAGUACGAUCAUUUGAUAAAGAAGUUGCUAAUAUUUUUCUGAACCAUGUAAAAGAACACACUGAAGCGACAGUUGUCAGCAUUCAAAGUACAGAAAAAACGAAAUCCAGACCAAUUGCAUUGAAUACAGUUGAAUUAAUGAGAGUUGCAAGUUCUGGCUUAGGAAUGGGACCGCACCACGCAAUGCAAAUUGCCGAACGACUUUAUACUCAAGGAUAUAUUAGUUAUCCUCGUACAGAAACCACUUCGUAUCCUGAGAAUUUUGAUUUUAUAUCAACUUUGAGACUUCAACAAAAUAAUUCCGAAUGGUCUGACGAAGUACGUAAAAUAUUAGCCAAUGGUAUAAAUCGUCCAAAAAAAGGCCAUGAUGCUGGAGAUCAUCCGCCAAUUACACCAAUGAAGUCUGCUACAAGGAAUGAAUUAGAUGGCGAUUGUUGGAGACUUUAUGAUUAUAUUACACGACAUUUUAUUGCCACGCUUUCAAAAGACUGUAAGUAUUUAAGUACAACAGUAAAAUUUGGAAUUGGAUUUGAAACAUUUUUCGUCACGGGUCAAUCAGUAAUAGACCCUGGGUAUACAAAAUUACUAACCUGGCAAUCAAUUAAUGAAAAUAAUUGCCUACCACAGUUUAAUUACAAUGAGAAAUUCAAUAUUAAUGAUGUAAAGUUACAAGAAUAUUAUACACAGCCACCAGAUUAUUUGACUGAAUCUGAAUUAAUUACUUUGAUGGAGAAACAUGGAAUUGGUACUGAUGCAUCAAUUCCUAUUCAUAUUAAUAACAUUUGCACAAGGAAUUAUGUUACUGUUGUUGCUGGACGUAAAUUAGUUCCUACAUCAUUGGGAAUUGUUCUAGUUCAUGGAUAUCAGAAGAUCGACCCUGAAUUAGUAUUACCGACAAUGAGGUCUGCCGUAGAAGAGCAAUUAAACUUAAUAGCACAAGGUCGAGCUGAUUAUUAUGCAGUCUUAGAUCAUACUGUAGAAAUAUUUAAACAAAAAUUCCACUACUUCGUUAAUAAUAUUGAUGGUAUGGAUCAACUAUUUGAAGUAUCAUUCUCGCCGCUCUCAGCAACAGGAAAAGCUUUAUCGAGAUGUGGAAAAUGCCGUCGAUACAUGAAAUAUAUUCAAACUAAACCUUCACGUUUGCAUUGUGCUCAUUGUAAUGAAACAUACAAUUUACCGCAAAAUGGAAAUAUCCGUAUUUAUAAAGAAUUAAAAUGUCCAUUAGAUGAUUUUGAAUUAUUAUCAUGGUCUACUGGAGCUCGAGGUAAAAGUUACAUUUUCUGUCCGUAUUGCUACAAUAAUCCACCGUUUCGUGACAUGAAGAAAGGAAAUUUAGGCUGCAAUUCAUGUACUCAUCCAACUUGCCCACAUGGAUUGAAUUCCAAUGGUUUAUCUAGUUGUUUGGAAUGCGAUCAUGGAAUUUUAGUAUUAGAUCCGUCAUCUGGUCCAAAAUGGAAGCUUGGGUGUAAUCGAUGUGAUGUCAUUAUACACUUUUUUGAAAAUGCUCACAAAGUUACAAUUGAUGCUGAUGUUUGUGAUGAAUGUGGCGCUCAAUUAGUCACUGUUGAAUAUAAACAAGAUAAGAGUAAAUUACCUAAUGAAGCUACGGAAAUGACCGGAUGUGUAUUUUGUACACCCGCAUUUAUGCAAUUAAUCGAAAAGCAUCGUGCUGUUGCAUCAAAACCAGUAGUUACACGACCUCGAGGUCACAAUAAAGGUCGAAAUCGAAGAAAAUUACGACAACCAAAAGAUAAAAUGGCACAAUUGGCUGCAUACUUUGUAUAAAAGGAAUUCAUCAAUUUUUUUUCUAAGAAACACUACUGCAAUUAAAUUAUUUGUAAAAUGAUUUUUAAAAUAUUUUGAAAACUUUUGUAGUAUUUAUUUAUUUUUUUUCAUUAAUG